AUGGCUAACAAACAAAUUGAAGAACAGCUUAUGUCAGCUCGAUCAGAAAUUAUAUUUUCUAAUCAUGAAAAAAUUGAUAAAAAGAGAACUUGUCAUUCUCCACUUAAAAGUCCAGAACUUAUACGGACUCAUUCUCGACGUUCAGCUCGUUCAGCAGCACCAAAUUGCUGUGCAUGUUGUAAAAUUCCAUUAUUAACUGAUCUUAAUGAACGUGAAUCAUUAAAUAAAUCUCGUGCUUCAAGUCCACUUCGAUCUGAACGUUUAUGUCAAGAAUGUAGUCAAGAAAAAGUUGAAAAUCGACGUACUCCAUCAAGUCGUUUAUUAAGAUCAGCUUCUGUUAAUUGGUCAAAUAUGGGUGGAAAAAUUGAAACAUGGUUUGAAAAGGCACCAACACCAGAUCAAAAAGUUGUCUACAAUUUUUUGGAAAAAAUUAAUAAUGAAGAAAAUAAACAAGAUCAAAAAUCAACUGAAGCAACAAAUGCAAAAAAUCUUGAUGAUGUACUUAAUUGUUUAAAAAAAUAUCAAACACGUUUUAAUUCACCACGUUCACGAAGUAAAUUUACACGUGCAUUUGAAUCAUCAAGUUGGCGUGUUAUGCGUCAUCCAACAGCAUCUUAUCAAUUUAGUCGUUAUAAUGCUGCUUAUGGUGAUGAAGCUUCACGUGAUUUAUAUCUUGGUUCAAUAUUUACACCAACAAGUCCAAGAGUUCGUUCUACAUUUUUAAUACAUCCGAGUUGGGUUUAA